AUGCUCCUAGUUACAGGAAGCACCACAAUAGGUUCCCUUAUCAAAGAAAAGGCCUUGAUCCUGUACGAGAAGCUACUGCGCAUUCCCAUGGACAAGUUCUUCAGCACCUAUGAGAAUAGACCAAGACACCUGAAAACGCAAUCUGGUCUAAUACAGAAAGCCAUAGAACUGAAGAAAGCAUUACAAAUCGAUGACAAACCAAAAAGCCUCUCUCCCCCCAUGAACCCAUUAGCAGACAUUGAUGUAGUUGACACACUUGCUAAGAAGGGGACAACGAUUUUGCAAUGCAUGGAUCGGCCGAUGUCUUUCCACACAAUGAAGGCCUUAAUCAGGAGAGAAUUCCAGACCUCAAGGUGCAACGAAAUUAAAGCUCGAACAAAGGAGAAACAGUGGACAGUGGCAAUCUCCGACAUACCCGACUGGCCAAGAAUCGAAGCCGUUGCUGAGUUCAGACUACGUAGCGGACACGAUUGCUUGGCAAAACACCUUCACAGAUUGGGAUUAUACACUCAACCCACAUGCCCUCUAUGUAACUUACAGGAGGAAAUGGAUAAGACCCACCUGAUUCGGUGUCCAACCCUAAAUACAAGUACGGAAAGCCAAAGAUACUGGGAAGCAAGAAGACAGCUAAUGAAUUGCUAUUAA